UGGACUCGAGAGAGUCGGAGAGAGAUGGCACACAGCGCAGCGGCAAUGGAGACGUUUAAAUCACGUCACCUUCCCCGCGCGUAAUAAUUGCAGGCUUCCAGACACAUAGAUACACUUAGGAAGGAUUAGUUAGAUUAGGCCGUAGUUGCUUGCUGUCACAGGGACAAGUAUGCUGCUUAGGGAGUAGAAAACACACAGGCGCUUGACACCGAGAAAAAAGAGAGGAGGGGAUGCGAGGACGACGACGACGACCUCCACCCCGAAAGCUAAAGGCCGACCACUAUAACCACCACCCGGCCCGAAUCAUACUCGUCGAGAAGAAAAGAAAGAGGGCGCGCCGAACCGAGCUACCAGAAGGGAAGGAGAGGCGCCGCCCGCAGGCCGCAGCAUAUACUCCACUACUCCACUGAGGAGCGAGGCCGACCCCGCCCUCUGCAGCGCGCGAUCGCGAUCGGGCGGCAUGGCACGGCGGGCGCUGGCGCUGGCGGUGCUGCUGCUCGCCGCCGGCGCGGCGGCGGCCGACGGCGACGAGAAGUGCGGGAGCCCGUGCGGCAACCCCUGCGGCGUGCCGUGCAUCUACGCCAGCCCGCCGCCGCCGGUGUACUACCCACCGCCGCCGGAGUACUACCCGCCGCCGCCGGAGUACUACCCGCCGCCGCCGCCGGAGUACUAUCCGCCGCCGCCGCCAGAGUACUACCCGCCGCCGACCCCGGAGAAGCCCGCCUGCCCGCCGCCGCCGGAGGGGGGAGGCGGGUACCAGCCGACGCCCGACACGCCCGGCGGUGGGUACAACCCGACGCCGUACCCGUAUACCCCGGGCGGGUACAACCCGACGCCGUCCUACAACACCCCGCCGGGGACGCUCUACCCGCAGGACCCGGGGUUCCGGCCCAACGGCGCGCCCGGCCGCGCCGCCGCGUGGCGCGCGGCGGCGGCCUUUGUGGCCUCGGCGGCGGCGGCCGGAGCCCUGGCCUUGUGAUCGCCGGCCGUCGACCGAUCGAUGGGGCCAUGGUGACCACCAAGCGCAUGCCGCAUGGCGUUUAAUUCUGCACCGUGUUAAUUAAUAAUAAGAUUAGAGAAGGGUAUAAAUUCGGUAAGAUUUUUUUUUCCUCAGUGAUUCUUGUUGUUCAUGAUGUUGCUGCUGCUGGUAAUCGUUCUUGUCCUGUACCUACGUUGAAUCCAUCUGUUUAUGAUCAUGGCCUCAUAGGAAACAUGUUCAUCAGGCUAUGUAAUACUACAUAUAUAUACAAAUCUCUGAUCAAUCUCGAAUAGCAUGUUCUUCCA